ACCGAGACAAUGCGACCCCCUCAGUCUGUGCUUCUGCUCGCCUGUAAUUGGUUUCCACUCGCUGACGUCAAACUCGUAAAAUUGUCCAAGAGACUAGGCUAGUUAGUCCUUCUCCAUGGACAUACUUCGUCCAAGAAAUCCUCAAGAAAAUAAUCACGGGAUGGCGUAGAUUAUGUGAAACUGUACACAGGAUUUCGGUGAUUUUGGAAUAAUCCCCCGAAUUUAUUUUAAGGAAGAGCUUCAACGACCUUCAGAUAUAAAGUCUGGAUUCGUUCGCAACCGAAUGAUGAACAGCAAAUUGUUUUGCUUAGGGCACACGGCCCUUCCUCUUGUCCUGCUCCUCCUUCUUGGCAUUGCCAGUGGCAGCCCUGAGCUGCCCCAGAACCUGACGGUGAAGCAGAGUAACUGUCUGGAGGACCAACAGUACCCUGCAGCGGGCUUGUGCUGUCUCAACUGUGCAGCAGGGACAUUUGUGAGUAAGCCCUGCACUCAAAACCUCCAGCAGGGAACCUGCUCCAGCUGUGAACAUGGCCGCUCCUACACGGAGCACCCCAAUGGCAUGGACCGCUGCUUACAGUGCACUCAGUGCCGCAUGGAUCAGACAGUGACUGAGCCAUGCUCCAGUAAGAGAGAUACGCUGUGUCAGUGCAGGAGCGGCUUCUUCUGUGUGCCAGACCAGGCCUGUGAGGUGUGCAAAAAAUGCACUAGGUGUAAAGUAGAAGAGGAAGAGGUGAAGAAGUGCACCCCAACCUCCAACACUGUGUGUGAGAAGAUCAGCCCUCCCUUGGACUCAGCAACAGACUCUCCUGCAACCACUCCUUUCACCAGCCACAUUGCCACAGUAGCAGGGGCAGUCGUACUCCUCCUCCUCUGCUUGAGUGGGUGUGCCAUCGGAGGCUUCUGUUGGCGCAAGAGGAGGUCACAUCUGGCAUCAGCCAGUGAAUGUGCAAUUGAGGGGGUGAAGAUUCCAAUUGAGGUUUGCCCCCAGUCAGCAGAGGAGAAGCAGAACAGCCAGAACGCUGGUUUGGAAGAGGGUGAGGGUGAGGGUGAGGGUGAGGACGCUGGUCCUGAGUCCAGCCCCCUGCUCCAGGAGACACAGGAGACGCAGGGAGUUGGCACCAAGGGCUCCGCCCUGGAGGACGAGGACCGGGGAUUGGGUGACAGUCUGCCCAACACCACCAGCUCCUCACAGACCAGCCUAUCUGCAGUGCCUCCAGCCGUGCCCAGUGGAGGCCACACUCCAGGCCACAGCCCCCCCACCACCAGGCCCAGUUGCUCGACAGAUUGGGAGCCAGAAAACUGGUGUAGGGACGAAGUGCUGAUCAAGCGUCUUGAGCCUCUGCUUGGAGAGGAGAUGUCCCUCAGCAAGACCUUUGACCUGUUCGACACUUUUCUGGACGUGCGCUUCCACAACAAGUUCUUCCGCAGCAUUGGAGUGAGUGAUAAUGCCAUUAAGAUAGCGGAGAAUAGUCCACCUGGAGACAAGGUGUACGAGCUGCUCCGCGUGUGGAUGCAGAGGGAAGGGCUCCGGGCCAACAUCAACGAUCUGAUCCAGGCACUGCUGCAGCUGGACCAACGCUACUCGGCUGAGAACAUUGCUACCAAGGCCAUAGAGAGGGGAUUCUACCGCUUGGCAUGACCCAUACCUGCUUUCACCCAGGAAAGGAGAAUGAAGAAAGUCAAAUUAGGACUGAAAAGAAGAUCAGAGGUCUAGAUGUUUGAUAAUUGGGGUGUUUGCGAACAUUGGAGCCCUUUUGGUUUGUCCCUGGUCGCCAGUGGGGGAACUAGCUGGUUGGAAUGAUCCAGAACAUUUUGAGAGUGGAGCUCUCUGCCCUGUAUGUAGCAUAUUAUUAGCUUUGUAAAGCCAACACUGUUCUGGAUUGUGCAGUCCCUAUCCACACAGGCCUAUGCACUGCCCUCAGGCACAUUUCUGACUGUAAGAAAGCAAUAAGUAAGAACUCUGUGAAGACGAUGUGAUGCCAGUGGCAUGCACUGCUUAAUACAGACAUGUUAGCUUUUACUUUAUUGUGUCUCCAUGGCCAGUUGAAGUUACCACAAGGACUUAGCUAAACAUGUAGUGUGCCCCAUCCUACUGGUAAGCACUGGUAAGCACCCUUACUACUUGGAAGUGUCACUAUAGAGUGGUGUUACUGCCACAUAUUACCAAUGGUGCAUCACUGCUCCGCCUGCAGGCACUGACCAGAAAGGUUCAUCUAGUAUCUAAACAACACACAGUUCCUCUUCCUAGGACUCCUUUGGAAGCGGUGCUGUAGCUCAGGUGUUGAUGCACUGUAAAUGCACUACAUAAACUAUUCAGAAGCACAGGAAUAGAGAACACCUUCAAGAGAACAACGGUCACAGUUUAAAACGGUCAAUACUGAUUGUGCCUAUGUGUAAUAUCUGCCAAUACCUGUGUUUUUAUACACUAAAACAUAAUGUUGAGAAAUGUUUUUUUUUUUUUUGGUUUUGUUUUUGGAAAGCUUUUUUCAAGUCUCUAAGUCGCCAAAGCUUUCCAUGCUUAAUUUAUUUUGUGGAAACAUUUAUUUAUUUUCUAGUGUCUAAUAUGUUAAUAUUUAUACAGUUUAUACAAAUUCCACCAGUAGUACUUGGGACUCAACUGGCAUAGUCUAACACCAUGUUAUUCAGUGGCCCUCACAUCGCCCUGGUAUCUGAUUAUAUAUUAUAUUUGAUAUAUAUAUAUAUAUUAGGGGUUGCACAGAGUACUCCACCAUUGGGGUAGUCGAACAGUUAAAUCAAUUCUCGAGUUUCGACAUUAACAUUGAGUACUCGUUAAUCAGGUCAUGCUAGAGUAAGAACUGAAAAUGGGUCAGUUUCUAGAUAUUGUUCAUUGUUAGAUUUGACUACAUUUCCCAUACUGCUUUAUCUGGAGUCGGUGGUGAGGCAGGGUUUUGGAGGGAGUUGAGAGCAGAGAAGAGGAGUUGAUAAGUGGAAGAGUGUUUUGGAUGGCGCUGGACAAGUAAAGCAUUUAACUUGGAA